AUUGUUUAUUCCCGUCGUGUUAAUGUUAAAAUGACAGCUUCACUCAAAUCGAACCAUCUUGAAUUUGAUUUAGGCCUAUAUCAAGUUUACUUUAUAGAGUACAUGACAUAACGCUGCACUCAAGUGAGUUGAUGAAUGGUAACCUUUCAAGAAACAUUGAGAGAACAUGUUUCAAAUCAGUGAAGUAGAUGCAGCUGAUCUUAGCUUUGAUGAUGAAGAUUUCUUUGAUUUAAAUGAACCACUUUCUGUGGGUUUGAAACCAGCAAGCAUCAACAAAUCUGAGCCUGCCCUCAAAGGAACAACCCAUCAAUCUUCAAAGACCAUAAACAAGUUCAGCUUCAAGUCUAAGCAAGUCUCACCUCCCACAUCAGAUGCAACGUCUAAGCUCAGCACAGGUUCCCCUACCAGCCUGCCAUCUUCUGGUAUUUCCCCUGCCACAUUGCAAUCAACAUUUGGCGUGAAUUGUAAAGAUAUUCAUACAAAAGGAAAUGUUUCAUGUGCCGGAACUAGUGCUCUGCAGAGAAAAUCAACACUAGGAAAUCAUAAUUUUAGUGUGGCAGUAUCACCUUCCCAGCAUACACCAAAGUCUAGAAAGUUCUGUUGGAACAAGAGUAAUGCGAAUGAAUUAGAUAAUAAUAAUGUAAGACGCAGCAGUGGAGGCAAACAUGAACAGCCUUCAAAACAUUCAAGAUCAGCAUUGCAGAUACUGCAAAAGAAUUUAACGUGUAGUAAUCAACAUCAAGCUGUCAUAUCUUGCCAAUCAAAUCAAUCAAAAAUGAUAAGCAAUACUAUGAAUAAUGGACCAAAAACCAACAGACCUGGAUUAAGAAAUACGGCCAUCAGUGAUAGGCAGGUGCUAAUACGAAAUAAUAAUAAUAAUAAUAAUAGUAACAGAAGUCUUCAACCAUCUACAUGUACAAAUGUUUUAACAGGUGGACAUAACAUCAGUAAUCAUUCAAGUUCAUCAUCAAAGUUAAGCGAAAGACGAGAUGUUACUGCAAAUAACUUUUCUAGGCUUUCCAAUUCAGGGACUCGAACAAAUGCCAACCCACAAGAGAACCCUCAUAGUAGCAAUCGUGUACCAGUUGCUUAUGGUACAAUCUCCCACAAUCAGAGGCCAAAUUUUCAACCAAAUGUAUCCUCUUACACUCAAAGACAUGGAACACCCUCUAACAAACAUGCUUCUCCAAUGCUAUUCCAAGGAUCUGCAGCAAGUAGAUCAAGAGACAAUGUUGCUAAAACACCUGAGCCAAUAUAUACUGCAGCCCAGACACCGCACUUUACACCUAGAGUAGCAGAAAUGUGCAGGACACCCAAAGCUGUCAAAGUAAUGGAAAAAACAAGGCUACGAAAAUUUCCAGGGCCAGCAGGCAUUUUACCAAAAUUAAAUUUAGGUAAUAGUGAGAAGCAAUUUGAUGUGAUUCCACCUGAACCAGAGGAAACUAAAGAUGAGAAGAUGGCUGUAGCAAGUUCACAAUGCACAGCAGUGGUUGAUGACUUCAGUUCUGGAGCUUGGAAGACAAUGCUUCGAGUUUUGGAUAUUGACGCUAAUGAUCCCCACUCAAUCCUCAAUCAGAACAACAUUGCUCUUGUCAUGCGCAAGGCUUCGUUGAAACAACUGCAGCAGAACAAGGUAGUCCAUCUCUGUGUUCUACUGAAAAAUAUUCACUUCAAUGGAAGCGAUGCCAGCAGUAUUCUAAAAGAUCCGACCGGAGAGAUACAAGGAACCUUGCACAGGAAAUUGAUGGAGGACCACAAGGAUGAGUUGAGGCCAGGAUGUGUACUCAUCCUAAGACAGGUUGGUGUUUUAAGCCCAUCUCUCAGGAACCAUUACCUAAACAUCACCCCAAGCAAUUUAGUUCAUAUCUUUCCAAUGGAGGCUGAAGCUAGUAGACAGGUGGAGCAAUGUUCAAAGCAGCCUGAUUCAAUUAAAAAAAAACAGCAAGAGUCAACUACAGACACUAAAAAUCUACACCUAAAAGAAUUCUUUAAACAGAUAAAUCAUGAGCUAACAAACGAAGUACAUCAACAAAAUACUGUGAUGCCAAAGCCAAAACUCCUGAAGACAAGCCAGGAAUUGGCUUCUCGCAGCAACCUCGUGAAAUAUGACUCAUUAGGAGACACUGGGCGUGCUUUCAAAGCAAAUUGUGCAACAAUAAAUGUUACCGCAGACAAACACAAAAUAAAGAGGAGCUUGCAGGAGGAGGAUAAGUCGGCCAAAAGAUUUUGCACCGCUAAUGACACAAAGCACAGAAACAGUUCAGGGACAAACAAUGAUUUAGGUGAAAACAUCGAGGAACUGCUACAAGGCAUCGAGGAAGAGUUAUUUGACGAUUUUUGAAAAAUGCUUUUACUUUAAACUAAAACAGAUUACUAAAUAAUAAUACUGUCAAGAUACUGCAUGAUUCCUUGACAGCCUUUAUUCACUUUUAUAACAUUUAUUAUAGUGAAAGCACCAGACUGUUAAAGACAGAAUGCUUUAAAAAGAUUUUAAUAUAGGAUUUGCUAUUUCAAAGUAUUAUAAUCAAGCCAAAAAACCCAAAUAAAUACAGUAUUAUUAAGUCCUAAAAUUAAUAAGACAAUGAAGCCUUGUGUUUUAAUGUAAAUAGAUAAUUGAUAGCUGAUUAACUAAUAGUUUUUUUUAAUGUUUGUAAUUGACAAGGUACUCUACAGUGUACAGUAUGUUGGCAUUUAACAAGUGUUGAUUUGGCAAUAUGCCUGAUCGUCUCGCCUCUGUAUAUCCUGUUGUUUCUUAAUCAAGGUCAAUAUAUUGUACACAUUUGGCUGAUACAGAAUAAACUGGAUGAAUACAUCUGAUACUCAAACAUGUUUUGAUAUAUAGAGUUGUAUACAGUUGAGGUGUUCUCAUGUUCAUAUUGGGACUUUAUAUAGAAAUCCAUCAUAGAAAAUUAUGCAAUUUUAUAUUUACAUUUUCAAACUAAAUUAUGUUAAUCUUGUGUAUUUCAAAUAUAUAAUUUUUAUUUUAUUAUACUGUAUGCAUGUUUAAGUUAGCAUCAUAUUAUUACUAAUACUAUGGAGUGUUUUGCUAGAUCUUGUAAUAGUCGUAAGCAAAAUUGUUGCAUUAAUUAAUUCCAGGCAGGUAAGACUGUUUGAAACUCAUUCUAAAGAGUAGAAACAAAAGAACAUGUUUCAAAUCAUUUAUAACACUUUAUUCCAAAUGUUUAUGACAGCUAAUACUGUAAUAACAAUAGUAACCUAUAUUAAUGAUCCUGAGGCAUGACGACUUUGUCCACACACUCCGCUAUGGGAAAUUGUAGGAAAAAUUAUUUUUAUUUAUAUUAUACUGUAUAUAUUUUUUAUUACACCUACCACCAUGAAAUCUCCCUAUAUGAAAUCUUUAUUUUUUCCUCGCAUUGAAAUGAUAUAAAAGGAAGCAUUAAUUUGCUUAUCUCACAUAAAAUGCUCUUUGUAUUUCACCUCUACUUAAAUGCAUUUGGCCUUUCAAAGGAGUGAAUAAGUCUUGCCUUUAAUUUUAAUAAAACCACAGCAGUAAUAACAUUUUGAAACUUUUAUUUCGGCACUUAUUCAAGGGCACCACAUAUUUCAUAUACUAUGAUUAACGCUGUAACACUUCAAAUUAUUAACACAUUAGGAAAGUACCUGAGUGUGCACCACUUGUCGAGAGGGGUGCUAAGUUGCUUAUUCCAAUUUUUUUUUCUGUGAUUAAACUAAAAUUUAUGAAGAAUUGAUUUUGUGCACAGAAUGGAAAUUAAUUAGCUUCCUAUUCUUCCAUAUUUUAU